GCCGCUCCGAGCGCCGCCCCGGGCCCGGCCCGCCCGGGGAGAUGCGGCCCCAGAGGGAGGCGAUGCCCGAGCCACGGCCGCCGCCCCGGAGCCCGCCCCGGUGCCGAUUCUGAAGCCCGCCGAGCCCUCGGCCGCUCCUUCGCCCGCCCGCCCGCUCGCCCGGACAUGCCCCAGCCCCCCGCCCGCCCGGGCCCUGUGUGAUGUGGAGCGUCGGCUGCCCCCGCGGGCUCUGUGAUCAGUUCUGAAUCGCCUACUGGACCUGCCCCCGCUCGCAAUGAGCUCCCAAACCCAUCCAGAUGGACUUUCUGGCCGAGACCAGCCCGUCGAGCUGCUCACCCCACCCAGAGUGAACCACAUGCCUAGUGCAGUGGACGUGAGCCCGGCGCUGCCCCUGCAGGUGGCCCCCGCGGCCGUGCCCAUGGACCUGCGCCUGGACCACCAGUUCUCGCUGCCGGUGACGGAGCCCACGCUGCGCGAGCAGCAGCUGCAGCAGGAGCUCCUGGCGCUGAAGCAGAAGCAGCAGAUCCAGCGGCAGAUCCUCAUCGCCGAGUUCCAGCGGCAGCACGAGCAGCUUUCCCGGCAGCACGAGGCGCAGCUGCACGAGCACAUCAAGCAGCAGCAGGAGAUGCUGGCCAUGAAGCACCAGCAGGAGCUGCUGGAGCACCAGCGCAAGCUGGAGCAGCACCGGCAGGAGCAGGAGCUGGAGAAGCAGCACCGCGAGCAGAAGCUGCAGCAGCUGAAGAACAAGGAGAAGGGCAAAGAGAGCGCCGUGGCCAGCACCGAAGUGAAGAUGAAGCUCCAGGAGUUCGUCCUCAACAAGAAGAAGGCCCUGGCGCACCGCAACCUGAACCACUGCAUCUCCAGUGACCCUCGCUACUGGUAUGGGAAAACCCAGCACAGUUCCCUGGACCAGAGCUCGCCCCCCCAGAGCGGAGGCCCCGCGGCCUACAAUCACCCGGUGCUGGGCAUGUAUGACUCCAAAGACGACUUUCCUCUUAGAAAAACAGCCUCUGAACCCAAUCUGAAGCUCCGGUCCAGGCUAAAGCAGAAGGUGGCCGAGCGACGGAGCAGCCCCCUCUUGCGCAGGAAAGACGGCCCGGUGGUGACCGCUCUGAAGAAGCGCCCCCUGGAUGUCACAGACUCGGCCUGCAGCAGCGCCCCCGGAUCGGGCCCCAGCUCCCCCAACAACAGCUCCAACAACGUCAGCGCUGAGAACGGCAUCGCCGGCUCCGUCGCCAGCAUCCAGGCCGAGACCAGCCUGGCUCAUCGCCUGGUGACCCGGGAAGGCUCCGUGACGCAGCUGCCCCUGUACACGUCGCCCUCCCUGCCCAACAUCACGCUGGGCCUGCCUGCCACCGGCCCUUCGAGCGGGGCGUCUGCACAGCAGGAAGCCGAGAGACUGGCCAUCCCGGCCCUCCAGCAGCGCAUCUCCCUCUUUCCCGGCACCCACCUCACUCCCUACUUGAGCACGACGGCCGCCGCGCUGGACCGGGACGGGAGCGGCGCGCACAACCCCCUCCUGCAGCACAUGGUGCUCCUGGAGCAGCCGGCGCAGACGCCCCUGGUCACAGGCCUGGGGGCGCUGCCCCUCCACGCCCAGUCCCUGGUGGGCGCGGACCGGCUGUCCCCGUCCAUCCACAAGCUGCGGCAGCACCGGCCCCUGGGGCGCACGCAGUCGGCCCCCCUGCCCCAGAACACGCAGGCGCUGCAGCAGCUGGUCAUCCAGCAGCAGCACCAGCAGUUCCUGGAGAAACACAAGCAGCAGUUCCAGCAGCAGCAGAUGCACCUUAACAAGAUGCUCCCCAAGCCCCCCGAGCCCGCCCGCCAGCACGAGAGCCACCCCGAGGAGACGGAGGAGGAGCUGAGGGAGCACCAGGCGCUGCUGGAGGAGGCGUACCCCGAGCGGCUCCCCGGCCACAAGGAGCCCGUCCAGGUCAAGCAGGAGCCCAUCGAGAGCGACGGCGAGGAGGCCGAGGGGCCGGCCCACGAGGCCGAGCCGGGCCAGCGGCAGGCGGAGCAGGAGCUGCUGUUCCGCCAGCAAGCCCUCCUGCUCGAGCAGCAGCGCAUCCACCAGCUGAGGAACUACCAGGCCUCCAUGGAGGCCGCCGGCAUCCCCGUCUCCUUCGGCGGCCACCGGCCCCUGUCCCGGGCGCAGUCCUCGCCCGCCUCGGCCACGUUCCCCAUGUCCGUGCAGGAGCCGCCCGCCAAGCCCAGGUUCACCACAGGCCUCGUGUACGACACGCUGAUGCUGAAGCACCAGUGCACCUGCGGGAACACCAACAGCCACCCCGAGCACGCCGGCCGCAUCCAGAGCAUCUGGUCCCGGCUGCAGGAGACGGGCCUGCGCGGCAAGUGCGAGUGCAUCCGGGGCCGGAAGGCCACGCUGGAGGAGCUGCAGACGGUCCACUCGGAGGCCCACGCCCUGCUCUACGGCACCAACCCCCUGAACAGGCAGAAAUUGGACAGUAAGAAACUUCUAGGUUCCUUAACGUCCAUGUUCGUGAGGCUCCCCUGCGGCGGCGUGGGGGUGGACAGCGACACCAUCUGGAACGAGGUCCAUUCCUCCGGAGCGGCGCGCCUGGCCGUGGGCUGUGUGGUGGAGCUGGUCUUCAAGGUGGCCACCGGAGAGCUGAAGAACGGCUUCGCCGUCGUCCGGCCCCCCGGCCACCACGCCGAGGAGAGCACGCCCAUGGGCUUUUGCUACUUUAAUUCCGUGGCCAUCGCGGCCAAGCUGCUCCAACAACGGCUGAAUGUGAACAAGAUCCUCAUCGUGGACUGGGACGUCCAUCACGGCAACGGGACCCAGCAGGCCUUCUACAGCGACCCCAACGUGCUCUACAUCUCGCUGCACCGCUACGACGACGGCAACUUCUUCCCGGGCAGCGGAGCCCCCGACGAGGUCGGCACGGGACCCGGGGUCGGCUUCAAUGUGAACAUGGCGUUUACCGGCGGCUUGGACCCGCCCAUGGGAGACACGGAAUAUCUCACUGCCUUCAGGACGGUCGUCAUGCCGGUGGCCAACGAGUUCGGCCCCGACGUCGUGCUGGUGUCCUCGGGCUUCGACGCCGUGGAAGGUCACCCCACACCCCUGGGGGGCUACAACCUGUCGGCCAAGUGUUUCGGGUACCUGACCAAGCAGCUCAUGGGCCUGGCGGGCGGCCGCGUCGUCCUGGCCCUGGAAGGCGGCCACGACCUGACGGCCAUUUGCGAUGCCUCGGAAGCCUGUGUUUCCGCUUUGCUGGGAAACGAGCUUGACCCUCUCCCAGACAAAGUCUUGCAACAAAGGUCAAACGCCAACGCCAUCCACUCUAUGGAGAAAGUCAUCGAGACCCACAGCAAGUACUGGCGCUCCCUGCAGCGCUUCUCCUCCACCGUGGGCUACUCCCUGCUCGAGGCGCAGAAGUGCGAGAACGAGGAAGCGGAGACCGUCAGCGCCCUGGCCUCCCUGUCCGUGGGGGUCAAGCACGCCGAGAAGAGGUCCGAUGACGAGCCCAUGGAAGAGGAGCCCCCCCUGUAGCAGCCAGCUCAGACCUGCUGGUCUCUCGUUUGUGCGUCUCUUGUCUUGAAGCUCUGCCAAGAAAAUUCCUCCUGUUGCUCCUGCGUCCUGUCAGGGUGUUCUCCCAGAAUACAAAGGGACGGCCAGGUGUGACGCAACCACAGGACUGGUCUUUCUGGAUACGGAAAACGAGUCUUUCUGCAUCUACAGAUAUCUCGAUAGACAUAUAGAAAUAUAUCUACGUCCAUAGAUAUAUAGACGGGCGCGCCCACACCCCCCACCCGCAGACAUCUACGACCCCCUCCGCCUCGACGCGGCCCGCCGGUGAGCGCGACGCACGUGAGACACGUGGAGCCGGGGGCUCUUUCUCCGCUCCAAAGUGGGAACCCGUGAGGAGGAAGCAGCCAGUGGCGGCUUUGGGUCGACGGCCACGUUGCGUGGAGACAGACGGCGGUAACCGCCGAGGAGACCCACGUUUCAAAGCUCUAAUAAUACAGAAAACAAACUUCAUUAAAACUGGUGCUUAAGGUUUGAUUACCCACAAUUCCACAGUCUCCGUUGAAACCACUCGACUCAUCGUGUAGCUCGUUUGUUCGUUUUUUUAGAAAAAGAAAAGGAGAAAAAAGAAAAGGGGGGAAAGGGGUUUUUACGACUCCGGCCUGCCCGAGAGUCCGAAAUCUAAUCUACAAACCCCGAUGAUGCGCGAGGGUGGGUUUUUUUAUCGGGAGGGUGGGGGGCCGAGGAGACUAAUCCCUCUCUCUUUUUUAAUAGAACAAAAAACAGGAAAAAAAAAAAAUCACGAGCGCCCCCCCCCCCCCCAGGAGGAGUCGGCUUUAGCUUUUCAAAGCCGCCUGAAGAUGAGAGUUUGUGCCUUUUUUUCAAUUGAUCCGAUGGAUUUGGUGUGGCGGAUUUUUCAGAAGUUUGAAGGACAAUGCCUUAAGUUGAAAAGAAAAGAAAAAGCAGGACUCUGCGGAGCGACUUCCUCUGGCUGACGGAGCCAAGACCUGCCAGCGAGCCCAGAGCGAGCAAGAGAGAGCGAGGGAGCGAGCGAGCGGCCCGUGCUCACGUGAGGACUGAAGGCAGCCGGCCUCCCUGCCUGCGGUGCCUCCGGAAUUCUCUCCCGAGUUGGGGGGGAAGGGGGGGCGGUCGGUUCGGUUCGGUUCGGUUCGGUCCCGUUGGGUUUUUGUUUGUUUUUUUGUGGUUCUAUUUCAUUUCAUUGCUGUUUAAGACAAAUUAAGGGAGUUGCCCCCGAAGUGGCAAAUACGGUUGGGUGUUUUGAAGUCUGACAGAUUGAGAAGGAUCCGAGGCGUUUUCUUUCCGGCAUCGAUCACAGAACGGUCGAACACAGCAAUUUGGUCGUCGACGCAUGUAAUAGACACACUCGCAGUUUUCAGAUUGGGAUGCUUUUCCCCGAGAGCAGACUAGCAUGAGGUAUUGCUUCAAUUGUAGGUAUAAAUAGAUAUAUAUAUAUAGAUAUAUAUAUAAUGUAUGUAUAAUGUAUAUUCCAAAUGUACUCCAAGCUUAGAAACUUGAUUCUUAUGAAAUCUUGAUAAAAUAUUUAUAAUGCAUUUAUAGAAGAAAUAAAAAGGUAAAUAUAAUAAAUGCAGAUUGUAAAAGUCACCUUUUCAAGGUUCCCUAGCGAAUGGUUUUCCUUGUGAAUUGGACCAGACCGGUGCUGAGGGAAAGGGAAAGUUAGAAAGGCUUCAGACCGCCAACACAUUCGCCACUGGGCAACUACCUUCGAUGUUUGCAUUUUAAUUUUCAGGUUCUGUUUGUUACGUCGGGUUUCUUUUGUAACAGGACCUCUGUCCCCCCUCCCCCCUUCGCACACAUACACAGACUUUUGGGGUUUUUUUGGGGGGGGAGGUUUGGUAGCGAGAACUAGAAAAACUUGUUGAUUUUUGUAUUGAUAUUUUUCAAUCCCGAAGAAACCUCUUUUGUGUGGAUUUGAACUUGUUUUCCACUGGGCAGUUUUCUGACUUGUAAUGAUGUCAAAAGGCCUUUCUUGCCUCGGUCCUCGCUUAUACAUUUUUUUAACUUUUAAAGGUCUUUUUUAUUAUUAUUAUUAUAAUUAUUAUUAUUUGGGGGAUUGUUUUGUUGUUUUGUACAGUCAGCAUCUUUCCUCCGGGCUGAGGAGACGUUACGGUUUAGAGUCUGUUUUCAGAAACGGAGCGUUUAACGAAAAGAGAGCUCCUCGGCUCUUGCUCGUGGAACGAUACCAGCCGAGGUCUCUUUCCCAAGUUUUGUUCUGGCAGAGACGGAGCGGAGCUGGGGUAUUUUUGACCUUCCACCCGGGGGGCCCCCCUCCGCUCCGGUCGGCACGCCGAGCUCCGCCGGGGAAGACUCGUCUGCCUUGACAGAUGUCAUUUCCAAAAUUCUUCCCCGAGACACUGUCGCUCAGAUAGAAUUGUAACUUUUGUUCUCCAAAGACCUUAGGGGGAAAAUGCUUUUGAGAAUGUGCAGCGGGGCGAGGAGUUGUUUUUCAAUUUUUUUUCUUUCUGCCAUCUGGUUUAGACCUUCACUCUGAAGCACCAGAUGCUUAUUACCGGAGCAUGAGGCUGCAGGAGGCCGAUUGACACAUGUACUUUUUCCCCCCCAAAGUAUAUAGAAUAGUACAGUUCACUCCUCUGGACAACCCCUGUUUUCUUUCUUUCUCUCUCUUUCUCUGUUUUUCUCUCUGUCUCUCUCUCUGUUUCUCUCUUUCUCUGUGUCUCUGUCUCUCUGUUUCUCUCUCUCUGUC